AAAGGACAGAGUCAGAGUCCUGAGAGCAAGAGAAACUGUCAUGCAAACUGAGAUCAAAGUAUUUUAAGGAGAAGCAGAGGCAAACUUUGACAAUGCUACCGCAGAGAAUAAAGAAGACCAUUACAGAUAAUCCUAAGAAACUUGCCAACUUGAUUGACCUUGUAAAUCUUCCUUCCACACUUCGGGAGUUUGUGGGUCAUUCACAGGCUUCUCGUUUGGGCUGCUUCAUGCGUGUUUGGUCUUAUAUCAAGGAAAACAAUCUCCAGGAUCCAAACAACAAGAAUGUGGUCAAUUGUGAUGAAAAGUUGAGGAGUAUUUUAUUGGGCAAGCCUCAGGUUGAUUUAGCUGAACUUCCUGCACUUAUUAAAUUGCAUUUUCCCAAAAAGCUAAAGUAAGUCACAGCAUUUGAGAUUAUGCUCCAGAUAAUUUAUUGUCUUCUAUUUGAACAGUCUAAGCUGCCUCUGGUGAUAUUAAACUAAUUGCCAAUUUUUUUGUACAUUUGAACAUGUAAGAAUUUAUAGUACUCUUCAUAUUUAAAGUUGGGAAUGUUUUUCUUCCUUUUCUCCUGGAUCUCCUUUAAUUUCACAUCAAGAAUACCUUUUUCAUUGGCCUCAAGAGCUUUAUUUUUUGGUCAUCUCUCAUAUGUAUUCUGUAACUUUUUUGUGGUGUUUGUAUCAACUAGUCGCAAUGGAAUCAAGAUGAUGUUGUGGC